AUGGCUAAAGAUAUUUUCCGUCGAAUACAAAAGGAAAAUUCGAAUAUAAACAUGGCUUUUACAGCAGAAAUCUGCAAUGAAACAUUGAUAAUGAUUGAAGAUUUGUGCUUGGAAAUCGCGAAAAAACUCCUUGAUCAGUUGGGAAUGCCAUCACCGAAUCAAUUUGCUGCUGUUUUAUUCAAUUAUGAACUGUGUCAUCAACAAAAUUACAACACGG